AUGGAGUCUCUGGCAGCGAGGAGCCUGAGGUCAAGCACGAGCAAUCUUGAACUUCGGAGGCCACCGUCAGGCCUCACUCUCAGCGGUGAUGAGACUGUUCUGGCAUCACUUCCAGCACGCACCGUCCAGCACGCGAAGGUGACGGCGGAAGCCGCGCGCCUCCUCAAGAAGAAGUACUCGGAGGAGCAAUACAACGGGUGGGGGAUGCCGCUCUCCCUUCAGAGCGAGCGGAUCUCCCACCUGGUAUAG